UCUCGUUCGGAGCAUUUGAUCGUCACCAAAAGUGUUUUAGUUCGUAAUUUAUACAGACCAACAAGUUCUAGCUUAUUGAUUGAGUUUUCUUUUUUUAUUGUUUUCAAAAUCAUAGUUUUGCAACCGAAUUUCUCGGUUUCCUAGGAAAUUUCAUAUUUGUACAACCAACAGUUUCAUUUAUUUGUGUGCUAAAAUAUCAAAAUGAAUUCCAUCCAAGUGAUUACAUUUGUGGCGAUCGCUUUGUCGAUGUCGUUCGUUAAGUGCGAUCCACCAAAACCAAAUGUAGACGCAAAGUGCUUAGUACCACCACCAAACGAUGUCGAUCCAAUGCUAUGCUGCAAAAUUCCCGAAAUAUUGGAUUCAAAACUCAUCGAAAUUUGUGCAACCAAAGUGUAUGGUCCUGAAUCAAAUCCAAGCAAUAAUCAAAAUGAACCACCUUUCGCACCGCAUAUUCGGUGCGUUACCGAGUGCAUUUUGAAUGAAACUGGUAUUUUGAAGGAUCGAAUGUUCCAGCCAAUGGUUGCAUCCGAAUUGGCGAAAAAGACACUUGGCCCAAAAUCCGUUUGGAUGCCUAUUGUUGAAGAAGCUCUACAAGCAUGCAACGAACAUGCUUCCAAGGCUAAAUUUGUUGACCACAAAGCAUGCGGACAUAUGGGUGCUUUCAUUGUGGCUUGCCUCAAUACACAAUUAUUCAAAAAUUGCCCAGAAUCAGCCUGGAACAAUGCAGGUAAAGGAUGUGCGGCAUUACGUGAGAUGACCAUCAAAUGUCCAAUCAUUGCGCCAAUUCCAAGUCAAGAUUAGGACUAUCAACGGGCCGGUUCCGUUGUUUUGUUCAGCCUGUCGCCGAAUCGAACUAGCUUAAUAA